UGUUUCACAUACAGCUCGUUGACUGUCUUUUAAACCUCCUUCCUCCCCACUUCCGCUAUUCGACGUGAUUCAGCACUCAUGACGCCUGAAAAAUGAAGUGCCUAGUCGUCCAAUAGGCUUCAACCGUAUGGGCCUCCUACCCGAUGGCAUCAUGCGAACUUUCAGUGGUCAAGUGAAAAUCACCAUAGUAGCACUUAUUCAUGAUCUCGUCCGACCUAAUUCGAUAACUAGUGCGCCUCCGUGUCGAGAGAUUUUGGAAAGUUGCUAUGAAGCAUGCAACUCCCGCUCACUCUGCCUCUCCAGUAUCAUUCAGGAUCACAAUAUUGAAGGACAUACCCCUAUUUAUUGUGCUAUCAUCAAUGGACCAUGUUAUGUUGAAGGAGAAAAUCAGGUCCUCGCAGCCCCUCUGCGAUUCUCAUAGCCACUUGAGGAGUCGAUGCUCUCGGAACCUCGCUGGGCAUCACUGCUGGGACUGGAAC